AUGAAUGCACCAGAAUUUCCUGAAUUUUUCAAUGCAGAUGGUGAAUUUGUUAUCGGCAUGGAGUUUAGUUCUAGAGAAACUGUGAUUGUAGCAAUUAAAGAUUAUAUCAUUCGUCGGGGUGUGAAUUAUCAAGUGUGUGAAUCUGAGCCAAUCACAUUUUAUGCUAAGUGUGUACAAUAUGGAACAAAUUGCGAUUGGCUUAUCAGGGCUAGUCUUAUUAAGAGAAAAUUUUGUUGGGUUAUAAGGCGGUACAAUGGUAGUCACAUAUGCUCCAGAACAACAAUCUCUCAAGAUCAUGCCAAGAUAAACUCAGACAUGAUUGUAGAGGUUAUAAAGCCAGUGGUUGAAGUUGAUCCAUCUUUAAUGGUGAAAUCUGUGAUUGCUGAAGUGCAAUCGAAAUUCAAUUAUAUGAUAAGUUACCGCAAAGCAUGGCUGGCUACGCAAAAGGCAAUUGCAAAUAUUUUUGGUGGUUGGGAAGCUUCUUAUGAAGCUUUGCCCUCGUGGUUUGAAGCAAUGGUACAAAAAGAUCCAUCAACUGCAAUCGAGAUCGAAACUGCACCAGCUUACCAAGGGGAUGAGGUGGUCCAGGAUAUUAGGAUACUGACACGGGUAUUUUGGAGCUUUUACCCUUGCAUUAGAGCAUUUAGGAGCUGGAAAGCAAUCAUCCAAAUAGAUGGCACACAUCUGUAUGGCAAAUACAAAGGAGCUCUCUUAGUUGCAGUUUCUCAGGAUGGCAAUGGCAAUAUUGUGCCUCUUGCAUUUGCCGUUGUUGAGGGUGAGACUUCUGAUGCAUGGCACUUCUUUCUUACUAAUUUGCACACAUAUGUGGUGACGCGGGAUGGUAUUGGGCUUAUCUCUGAUCGACACGACUCUAUUACCUCAGCAAUAGCACGUAGUAACGGAUCAUGGGAUCCUCCUAGAGCUAUCCGCAUGUUUUGUGUUUGGCACAUAGCAUCCAACUUCUUAAGGAAUUUCAAGGCACCGUAUUUACAGAAGUUGAUUGUAAAUAUGGGUUAUUGUAGGACCAUGCGUGAAUUUAAUGUGCAGUAUGCAAGAUUAUGUGAGCGUGGUCAGGCUUACACUCAGUGGCUCGAUCGGAUCCCACGUCAGCAAUAUGCUUUGGCGUUCGACAAUGGAUAUCGCUAG